CACACGGCUCCUCCAUACAUGGCAUUGGUCAACAGUGUUCAAAUAGGGCGCUCGAUAAUUACCGGCGCUCUCCUUGCAUUUAGCUAUUGAUCCAGUAUCACAAUAAUAACUGCUACUUGACCUCACCGGCCGCAGGAAGAGCCGAUUUCCACUAUCAGUUCGUCAAUUGCUUAUCCCAGCUGGCCUGGGGAACUGUCCAUCUCGCUGAAACGCCGCUAUACAAUCUGCUGACGGCAGAGGUAUACCUUAUCGCGUAUAUAUAUUACAGUAUAACAACUUCUCAGCCGAUUGUGCUGUGUUAUUUUGCUACCUCCUGGCACUCCAUAGAGCUGCAGUUGAUACACAAGCACAAUGGCAGGGCCUGAUCAACAGUACGAGCCAGCAAUCGAUAAGCGGGACUUUGAUGAUCAUCGACCCCUACUCCAUGACAUUGACGCCGGCGUCGAUGGGACUGGGGAAGGACGGCCGCGUUCCGAUUCGAGACUGUCCGCCAUUCGAAAUCUCGACGGUGGUAGUGACGGGCUCUUGAACAAUGUGGUUGACGAGAUCGUCGAGAGAGACCGUCGUAAGAUGGCAAUGGAAGUGAUGCGUGUAUGCAGCUUUGUGGUGGGGGUGAUCAGUUGUCUUGGGGCCGGUAGCAUCACUGCUUUUUCGCUGUAUGGUCCACUUUUCCUCUCUCGACUCCAUUACAGUCAGCUCCAGGUGAACGCCGUUUCGAUCGCGGCGGAGAUCUCGAUGUACCUUCCCGUGCCAUUGUUCGGUUACCUCUGCGAUCGGUACACGCCCUCUCCGCUGGCGUUGUUAUCAGGACUUGUCUUUGGAGGAGGCUACCUGCUGGCUGCCUUUGCGUAUAGGAGUGGCCCGCUUCCUGAGGCGGGUGGAGAAGGAUGGCCCCCCUGGGUGAUGGUUGUGGCAUUCGUUGCUAUCGGGACGGCUACAAGCUGUAUGUACCUGGCUGCGGUGACGACAUGCGCGAAGAACUUUGGUCGCGGCAAGCACAAGGGUAUCAUGCUUGCCGUUCCUAUUGCGGGGUUUGGUCUGAGUGGCAUGUGGCAGAGCCAGGUAGCCACAUACCUGCUAUGUGAGCGCCGCGAGGAUGGAAGUCGCGGUGACGUCGAUGUCUUUCGGUACUUUGUGUUCCUUGCCUUGUUUCUUUUUUGCCUGGGAGUCAUUGGCACUUUCGGGUUGAGAAUUGUUGACGAGGAGGAGGAGGAGAAGUACAUUGAUGAGGCUGUUGAGGAGCUCGAGCGCAGCGGUCUCCUGGAGGAAAGCGAGUUCUUCCGGCCUCGAAGCGAAGUGCAGGCGGCUUAUGGAACAUUUUCCGAGGCUGCUGACUGUGAUGGGCCGGACCCGGAGCCAUCAUUGACCCUCUCUGAAGAAGAACGUGAAGCGGCAAGACUGGAGAAGGAAAGGGAGGAGGAGGAACGGAGGAAGAAGAACUGGCUGUUGAACUUCGAAACGCGACUAUUCCUGCAAGAUCAGACCAUGUGGUGGCUUGCACUUGGCUUCUUCCUGGUCACCGGUCCAGGAGAAGCGUACAUCAACAACUUGGGCACAAUUAUUCAGACACUCACGCCGGAGUUAUACCCUCCCAACGCUCCCCCUCCAGCUGGCCUGCCCUCUACACAUGUGACCACGAUAGCACUCACAUCGACCAUAGCCCGACUGCUGACCGGAUCUCUCUCCGACUUCUUCGCGCCCCCGGCCACUCAUCUGUUCUCGGCAGACGUAGAAGCCGGCCGUCGCUCCUCAUCAUCCGGUUCAACCGCAAAAAAGCCCACACUCUCGCGACUCGCCUUCCUUCUGCCCUCAGCCGUCCUCCUCUCCCUCGGUUAUCUCCUCCUCUCAUCCCCCUUACCCCUCCAGCAUCCCGGUCUCUCACACGUAACAACCGCGCUGGUAGGCCUAGGCUACGGCAGCGCCUUCUCUCUCGUCCCCAUCAUCAUCUCUGUCGUGUGGGGGGUUGAGAACUUCGGCACGAACUGGGGCAUCGUGGCCAUGGUCCCUGCUGCCGGUGCCGCGAUGUGGGGAGUCAUCUAUUCGCGGGGAUACCAGGACGCGACGGACGGCGGGAACGGCUCAGCCGAUGGACAGUGCCAUGGGUGGCGGUGCUAUGGGUUCUGGGCUGUCGGAUGCACCCUCAGUGUGUGGGUGGCUGUAGUUGCGUGGAUACUUUCCUGGAAGGGUUGGCGAAGAAGAGGUGUUGUUGUUUGAUACAUUCUUCCAUAUUUGGCGUUUGAGAUAUUCCGGAUUUGUCUCGGUAUAGAGAUAUAGCAUCUUCAUGGGUUCCCUUUUUGGCUAAAUUUUUUAUUAUUCGCAGCAAGAUAAGUGAGAGACGCAUGUAACAUAUGGCUGGCAUCUAUUGAGACCUGAUCAUGAUGUAUUUGCACAUUCCAGCAACCGAGGAAUCCUACUCCAUACCAAGAAUAACAAUGCC